GGGGGUGGACCAGAGCGUGCCAUUCCGAGCGCUGCCGUGCGGCGAGAUCCCACCCCGGCGUCUGCAGAGACCGAGGCGCAACUGGUGCGAGGGCUGGGUCCUCGCCUCGCCGUCAGCCCCAACUCGCGGCCGCCGGGGCUCGGGCCGCGCGCCCGCCGAGUGGCUUUUGCAAGGCGGGGGCCUGUUUGCAGAGAGCCGGACAUUUGCAUGAAGCGACUCGACCCCACGGAGCAGCGGCAGCAGCGGACCCCGGCGGCGGCGGCGGCGGCGCACGGUCCCAGCCAGGAGGCCCCGGUGUCCCGGCCCCACUGGAUGCACGGCUGGUGGGGAACCCAUGGGCCGGAGCUGAGGCUGCCCGGGGCGGCGGGGCGCGGGGCAGGGGGCGCGGUCGAGGCCCGGAGGCGGCGGCGCAGGAGGAAGCGGAGGAGGUCGGGCGCUCGGGGCCCGGGAGGCGGGCCGCGCAGCGCCGCAGCCCCGGGCUCGCCAUGCUCCUGGCCUCGGCCGUGGUGGUCUGGGAAUGGCUGAACGAGCACGGCCGCUGGCGUCCCUACAGCCCAGCGGUGAGCCACCACAUCGAGGCGGUGGUCCGCGCCGGCCCCCGCGCGGGGGGCAGCGUGGUGCUGGGCCAGGUGGACAGCCGUCUCGCGCCCUACAUCAUCGACCUGCAGUCCAUGAACCAGUUCCGCCAAGACACGGGAACUCUCCGCCCAGUUCGCCGCAACUACUACGACCCCUCCUCAGCCCCUGGGAAGGGUGUGGUGUGGGAGUGGGAGAACGACAAUGGCUCCUGGACACCCUACGACAUGGAAGUGGGCAUCACCAUCCAGCAUGCCUAUGAGAAGCAGCACCCCUGGAUCGACCUCACUUCCAUUGGCUUUAGCUACGUCAUUGACUUCAACACCAUGGGCCAGAUCAACCGUCAGACCCAGCGCCAACGCCGCGUCCGCCGGCGCCUCGACCUCAUCUACCCCAUGGUCACGGGGACCUUGCCUAAGGCUCAGUCCUGGCCAGUCAGCCCUGGGCCAGCCGCCUCGCCCCCCAUGUCCCCCUGCUCGUGUCCCCAGUGUGUCUUGGUGAUGAGUGUUAAGGCAGCCAUGGUCAAUGGCAGCACUGGGCCCCUACAGCCGCCGGCGACCAGCAAGAACAUGCCCCUUCCUGGAGUGGUCAAGCUGCCCCCACCACCAGGCUCUGGGGCCAAGCCACUGGACAGCACAGGCACCAUUCGAGGCCCACUGAAGACCGCCCCGUCGCAGGUGAUCCGGAGACAAGCCUCCGGCAUGCCCACUGGGACAACCGUGGGCUCUCCUGCCAGCCCCCCAGGACCCAACGGCAAGACCGGAAGGGUGGCCCUGGCCACCUUGAAUCGUACCAACCUGCAGCGACUGGCCAUUGCCCAGUCCCGGGUGCUGAUCGCCUCUGGGGUCCCCACAGUCCCAGUGAAGAACCUAAAUGGGUCAAGUCCUGUCAACCCUGCCUUGGCAGGAAUCACUGGCAUCCUCAUGAGUGCAGCGGGGCUGCCUGUGUGUCUCACCAGGCCACCAAAGCUGGUCCUACACCCACCCCCCGUCAGCAAGAGUGAAAUAAAAUCCAUCCCAGGGGUUUCCAACACAAGCCGCAAGACCACCAAAAAACAAGCCAAGAAAGGUAAAACCCCGGAGGAAGUGCUAAAAAAAUAUCUGCAAAAAGUCCGGCACCCACCAGAUGAGGACUGCACCAUCUGUAUGGAACGCCUCACGGCCCCCUCAGGCUACAAGGGCCCGCAGCCUACAGUAAAACCUGACCUGGUAGGGAAGCUGUCCAGAUGCGGCCACAUCUACCACAUCUACUGCUUGGUUGCCAUGUACAACAACGGGAACAAGGAUGGGAGUUUGCAGUGUCCAACCUGCAAGACCAUUUAUGGGGUGAAGACAGGCACCCAACCUCCGGGGAAGAUGGAGUACCACCUCAUCCCCCACUCCUUGCCUGGCCACCCAGACUGCAAAACCAUCCGGAUCAUCUACAGCAUCCCCCCUGGCAUUCAGGGACCAGAACACCCGAAUCCUGGGAAGAGUUUCAGCGCCCGAGGCUUCCCACGACACUGUUACCUUCCAGACAGCGAGAAAGGGAGAAAAGUCCUGAAGCUGCUGCUCGUGGCCUGGGAUCGCCGCCUCAUUUUUGCCAUUGGCACCUCCAGCACCACGGGCGAGUCAGACACCGUCAUCUGGAAUGAGGUCCACCACAAGACAGAGUUUGGCUCUAAUCUCACUGGCCAUGGCUACCCAGAUGCCAAUUACCUGGAUAAUGUGCUGGCUGAACUGGCUGCCCAGGGUAUCUCUGAGGACAGCACUGCCCAGGAGAAGGACUGAGGCCAGAAAAGCUUUGAGGUGGGAGGGCCCGUGGAGACUGCAGGACAGGAAGUGAGGAGAGUGAGUCGAUGUAGAAGAAGUUGGUGUCCUGCCCUCCCAACUUUCUAUCCUCCCCUCCUGCCCUGUGUCCAUCCCUCAUCCCUCCCAACCACAGUGGGAGCCAGACUGAAUAUAGCGACAUCAUUCAUAAAUCUCAUCCAACACAAAGGGAGAUGGGAUGAGGGCCAUCCUGGGUCUGUUCCCAUGGAGUUUUUGGUGCUGGAUAGGCAAGAAUCCCCUCCCUACCCAACCUCCCAAGUAGGGGCAUGGUCAGCACACCUGGGGUGUGGGCAGUGCCUAGGCACUCCAUAUCCUGGCUUUGGGAAGCCAGGGUUUCUUGCCUCAGCCGGCUUCUUGCUACUUCCACUCUGCUUUGAGACUGGAGUUUCUGCUAUUCUCCUUCUGCUGGAGUCAGGGAGCUCUCACUGUGUAAGGUUGGGGGGUGGGCGAAGGGGUGAACCACUAAACUGCUGUGACAUCAGAAACUGAUGCCUUGGUGUAGAGCGAGGAAGCACUUCUUCCCAAGAGAGUCAAAGAAGGAAAAGCCUCUGGGAGCACAUUCUGCUCUCAUCACAGUCCUUGGCUUCUCUGGGCCCUCCUCUCCUCCUCACAGCUCUGACCUGUCCAAAGAGGCAUCUGGUUCUCUCAUGUGGAUGGAUGGACUCUGGGGUUCCUCUUUGGGGUGGCAUCCCAUGAUGCUGUUUCUAGCCCCUCUCUGAUCAAACCAGAGCCUGCAUCCCACUGAGCAUCUGAACUGUCCUCAGGGAGAGGAGCCCACAGCCUUCCUCCCAACUCAUUCUAGACCAGCUCGAAGAUUCCAUGAGUUUCAUCAAGUCACUGUGAGUGGAGCCCAUGCUGGGCUCUGUGCCCUCUGUGUCUGUGCAUGCGUGUGUGUGUGUGGGCGUGUGUGCAUUGCUGGGCCAGCUUGAUGGGAAGGCCCGUCAUGUCCCUGCACUCUGUUUUGCAAGAUGCCAAACCCCAGUUCUGAUGGGGCUCCAACAGCCAGGCUGUGGUCCUUUGACAUUCCUCACCUGUUGCCAACCUAUCCCGUAGUUAACUGAAACCCCAAUGGAGACAGAACUGUGCCUGGGGAGAUGCAAUGAGGUGAGGGCUGGACUCAUCCUUUUAUAUUUCUUUUCAAGAUUGGAUCAGAGCUCAUCUCCAUCCAGUCUUGUUUCUAUGAAGGCUUCAAUCUGUUUCCAUGCAAAUUUGCUAAUCAGAGCCCAGAGCUGCUGGGUCCCUCAUCUCCCUCAUCUGUUAUAGAUUGACUUACAGUAGGGAGAGAAUUUCUUUAGCUCAUUCCUAAUGGGGUUGGGAUCACGAUAUGGUCUGGUCCAAUCUGCAUCUUGGUUGUGUCCCAAGACCCUAUCUCCUCCUGAACAUUCUUAUUGCCUUUGGCUCCCAGUAAGGAAUGAAUUGGGGGCCAGGGAGGAGAACAGGGGGGAUCAAGAAGGGAAACCCAAUUCCCCCUUUGAAAGUGGGUUCUUUGAACUGUGUGUUUGGGGGAAGUUCCUCUGGAUACUAAUUUGAAUUUAUAUACCUCAUGUUUGGAGGUUUGACAUAUAUAUAUAUAUAUAUAUGCAUAUAUAUUUCAUAAUAUUUGGAAGGUUUUUGAUGCUAGAAAAAUGGAAACAAGAGAACCUUCAAAAAUGGUACUUAGAUGGGAACCGGAGGCCAUUCUUUCAUAAAAGCCAGCCCCAUAGCUGCUUGCUGUUAGGCCUCCAGCCAUUUUGACAUUGGGGUGGAUAGUCGAUUCACCUGCCUGUCAGUCGAUUCACCUGCCUGUCACCCAUUUCUGUGGAUGUGCUGGUGCUGAGCCUUUGCUCCCUUUCCAAAUGGCUACAGGGAUGUUGAUCGGCUCCACCAGAGGGAGCUCUGAUGGGAGGAAUUGUUCUGCCACCCUUGACCCUGCGUCUCCUGUCGCCAGGCAGCCAUUGUAUCUCACCAGCAGACCAGGAGACUGAUUCCAAGGUUACUGCACCACAGGGCAAUUUCCUGCCAUAGUUAGGAAGGAAACACCUGAACUAAAUGGAAGAGACAUCCCUGCGGUGUUUAAUGUCGCACCCGUGCCCUUUGUCAGGUUACCAUGCACCAGAGAUUACUUGGAGAGCCUCAUGCCAUCUCUGCCUUCACAUACUGGUCAAGUAUCUGCUGAGCUUCUUGGCCACAAGGGUGCAGAAAUAGGCUGAGUGUCCACGGGAAGAAAGACACAAUGAGGCAGUAGGAGGUGGGGAAGGAAAGAAGACAGACUUUCACAAUGGAAUUAGGCAUUGGGGAGAGAUCAGUUUCCCCACGUCAGGGAGAAGAAGGUAAAGGUGGGGAAGGGGGUGGCCAGGAGGAGAAGGAAGAGGACUCAAAAUGGAAAGGGAGCCGCUGUGCCCGUGGCAAUACCACUUGGAGAGGUCGACUUCAUACCUUCAAGCCUUUUUCCCUGGGCUUUUGAUUGUGUCUGUGCCCCAUUUCUUGUCCUCUCUGCAGAUGCCCAGUAGGGGCUACCUCAUCCUCGUGUUGUUCUUGUGUGGCUUUCUGGGCAGUAGGGAUCUUGAAUUUCCUUUCUAACACUGUGCCCGGCAAGGCGGGGAACAUUCCUCUGCCCUUUCUCUUGUGCCCACCUGGAAAGGUGCAGUCUAGCUUUCAGUGAGAACCCUGCCAGCCGAGCCCUGUGCAUCCACUACCUUGAUACAGAGUGUUUUCCCACCAGAAGCCCUGCUGUGCUCUCCUGGCCCAAGUAGGGGAUUCCAUACCUUCCCUUUCAUGGUCUUAGCACCAGCAGCCUAGUUUCUCCCUUCCAGAGUCUCCAGGGAUGACAAAUUGGAUUGGAGACAAACCUCGUCAGAUGCUCAUCCCCUAAAAGGUUAAUUGUGUAUUUGUGGCUGCGUGUGCCUUUGUGUUUUCAUUCUCUUCCCAUUUUUGUACAUUUUGGUCUUCUCUGUGGUUUUAUACUUGGUCAAAAGUACUCAUCUUGGUAUUGCACUGUUGUGUGCAUGAGAAAACUGGGGGAAGGCUCACUGGUACAAGAAAGGACCCCUGACCCCUUUCCUUCUCUGUGGUCCCCAGCAUUAGAUUGGGGGUUCUGGGAAAGGCAGGUGAAUGUGCUAAGUGAAUUGUUCUGUUUGUAACUGGAAUGUUUUUGAAGUCUUUGGUGUUGCUCCGUGAGAGGACAUCGCCACCUGGUGCUCAUGAGGUGUCUGUGCAGAACAAUAAAUGGCAAAUGAACAACCACAAAA